UUAGAUUAAAGAUCAGCUGCACUCCCUGUACAACACACAAAAAACAAGUGAGACACUGCGGUGAAACCGUGUGAACGUGUCAUGAACAAACCGACUCCCACCAGGUGGUGAAUAACGAUACGCAGGACGUGUGAGCUGGAUCUCAGUUCUUUUCACAGGCAUGAAUGGAAACUGAAGGCUGCGUGGUGUAAUGUGUCAGACCUACUGGAAGUGAACCAGGAGUAGGAGGAGCGGCCAACACACGAGUGAGGAGGUUUAGACACGACGGCACUUCCUCAGUUGCAGCUCUUCGCUGUCCAACGAUGGACUAAUCCUGCACCAACCGUUCUUCUGCGAAGCCACAAACACGUUGAGAUGAGCGACCAAGACAGCAGCGCCUCGGCCUCUCAGACGGAGGGAGACUUGGAGGUGGACGAGGACGGGGAGAAGGAUGCGAGGCGGCGGGGCAGCCCCACCCCCAGCCUGUCUGCCCUGUCCUCCUCGCUCCGCGCCGUCAUACGCAUCAAGCACAAGUACCAGGCCAUCAAGCGCCGGCGCCAGGAGCUGGGCCUGGGGCCGGGGACCGCGGGUCUCCUCCCGGGAGCCCCCGCGCGGACCAGCCCCAAAAUCUUCACCUUCGACGGCUUCACGCCCUCCGCCUUCCCCGCCCUGACCUCGUCCGCCGUCGCCCCCAAGAAGAAGAAGCGCAGGAGGAAGCGGGUGCUGUUCCCCAACGGCGUGGGCCGCAGGGCGCCGCCGAAGCAGGAGCAGAGCCGGGCCAAGUACUGCCUCUACCUGCUGUGCGCCAUCGUCUUCCUGCAGGUGUACAAUGCUAUCGAGAACCUGGACGACCACGUUCUGAGGUACGACCUGGAGGGGCUGGAGAAGACACUAAGGAGGGAGGUGCUGGGGCAGCAGGGGGCCGUGGAGGCCUUACUCUACCUGCUGAGGGACUAUCUGUCCACUUACGUCCACAACAAGCCCCUGGUGGUGUCUCUCCACGGCCCCAGCGGCGUGGGCAAGAGCCACCUGGGUCGCCUCCUGGCCGGACACUUCCGCUCGGUGGUGGGGGAGACGCUGGUGCUGCAGUACUACGUCCUCCACCACUGCCCCCAGGAGGCCGACGCCCAGCAGUGCGCCCGCAACCUCUCCAGCACCAUCUCGGAGAUGGUGGAACGGGCCGAGGACGAGGAGAAGAUCCCCCUCUUCGUCUUCGACGAGGCCGAGCACAUGCACGGCGAGAUCUUGGACAUGCUGUGGCAGCUGGUGGCCUCCAAGCAGUCCAACGAGUACCUGAACGCUGUCUACCUGUUCCUGAGCAACCUGGGCCACGCGCACAUCACUAAACACAUGCUCCACAACUCCUCGAGCGUCGCCAUGGGGAUGACGGCUUCUAGUCGCCAGAGUGGCCUUGUGAAGGAGCUGGUGCCGGUUUUACGCAGCAUCGUGGAGAAGCUCCACCCACUGUGGACGGAGGCGGACGUUUUGCCCCUGGGGCUGCUGGAGAAACGCCACGUCAUGGACUGUUUCCUGGACGAAAUGACUCGAGAGGGGUUCUACCCGGAUCAUAGCCACAUAGAGCGCCUUGCAGGGGAGAUCGAGUAUUACCACACAGUCGGGGGCCACGAAUAUUCCCAGACGGGCUGCAAGCAAGUGGUGGCUAAGGUCAACAUGCUGUGAGGCAGCAUGAGGCUGUGAGGAAUGUUCACGAAGAAGAAGCCGAGCGCAGGAGUGAGUUUAUGACAGAACUCAGAUUUCAGAAGUGGAUUUGUUCCAAUGUUAAAACAAAGCAGCAGUUUGUCGAAAGGGCAGCGAAGACACUCAAAUCACAACGUAAAUGUGGUUUGUCCUUUAAGGCUUCUGAGUAGAACCUUAUUACUAACUGUUUGGUAGGAUCUGUCCAAAUGUGCUGAAGUUGUUGUUCGUUAAAUCUAAAAAUGAGUAAACCGUGAUUACAGGAUUUGGAUGAACUGGUCGACUGAGCUGCUUCACGGCUUCUGUGUCAGACAGCUCAAGCACAAAUGACCAGAAGUAGAGUGAAGGACCAAAAACAGGCCAACGCUGCAGACAUUUAUAAUCACAGGAAGCCUCAUGUUUGUUGACUUUGAAUGCAGCUCGACUUUCACAAGAACAAGUCACGAAGUAGUUUUUUUUCUGAGUGUCUGCAUAGUAGAGGUUUCAUCUGCAAUAAAGCAGCCGGAGGCCGAGCUUCGGGUUCAGCCAGUACUGAUAGAAGUCAGUUUAUUUAUUGAACGCAGACGCUUUUACAUGGAUUAACAGUGACGUGUGCCAGCGUAGGUCGAUUAUGCCAACGACCUGUGUUCAGAUAAUUCAAAUAAAAACUUUUUUGUACGGAGUGUCAAAAUUAAAGACCCUGUUUAAACAAAA